UGGUUGUGCAACAGUGUUAGCGGUGAUUCUUUCUCAGGACGUCUUUAGAAGGUAGAGAGAGAAAGAGAUAUCUCUUUUUACCAGACAAAUGUGUCCUUUUUUAAAAUUUUUUGGUUAAGAUAUAUUCGAAUAAGUAAAAUUUCAAACUUAAUCCAAGAUUUCUAAUAGUUGACAAUGGAGUUAGGGUGGAGAUCUGUGGUUCAUUUUCUAUCGGCCAUUUUCAAUGGAAAUGCUCGUUUCGUGGAGAGAUAUUGAACUAGCCAGGGAAACUAUCAAGGGGUGUGGUGUGGUUGUCAGGACACCUUUACUCCGAAAUGUGGAACAGAUUUUUGGUUUUGAGGACCGAUUUAAACUGCAUUUGAAAAUGGAGAACAUGCAGAAUACCGGUAAGGUUUGAGAAUUAGAAGGAAGGGGCGAUUAAUUAUCGGGUUCGGGGAAGAUUUUCCUACGGUAUUUCGGUUGUCUUUUACAGACGCCUCAUAGUGGUUUUCUUAGACCCUGUUUUGAGGUAAUCAAUAUCCUUUUCGAUUUCCUUGUUUGUGUGCAUUUUAAUGUUUACUUAAUUUGUUACAGGAUCAUUUAAAAUACGUGGUGUUGUGAACCAGUUUGCCAACAUCCCUUCUGUGAUCACCGAGAAUAAGAAAAGUCUUGUUUCGAUGUCUGCUGGAAAUUAUGGAAAAGCAUUUGCUUUGGCAACAAAGGAACAAAACCUUCCAGCAACUCUGUGUAUGCCUGAAACUGCUCCCAUUAAUCGAGCAAAACUUAUUGAGGUACAAAUUUAACCCUUUAAUUCCCACAAGUGAUUAACUUGUAACUUCUCCCUACAACCAAACAGGUAAUGAGAUUACUCGAAAUUAUCAGGUACCAUAAUUAUACUAAAAACAACCGUUCACCUCAGUGUCAGCGCAGGCCACUGGUGGAUAUUUACCUUGCUACUUUGCAGCUUGGUAAAUAUCCAGUUAUUAACACCUUUACUUUGAUGAACAGUUGUUAAAUAUUGCAGAUAUAUACAAAAAAGCAGGGAAAACCUACUGAAUGUAAAUUUUUCAUGCUGAUUUACAGAGUUUCGGUGUGAAAGUGGAAAGAAUACCCACAAGUGAAAUACAAUAUGCUAUUGAUCUCCAUGUUGCUGAAGAUGGAAUGCACUUUCUUCAUCCAUUUGAUGAUCUUCAUCUUAUUUCUGGUUUUGCCAGGUAUCAUCUGUUUUCCAAACAAUAACUUAUGUGUAAUUAUAAUGAUGAUGAUAUUGAUCUCGAUAUUAACCCUUUGCACCCUAAGAUCAAUAUUCAUGUUCUCUAUACUGUUUUCUAUACAUUUCCUUAGGUGCUUACAAGGAGAAUUUGUUUAACAAUCAAGAGCUUCUUCAAUUGGUGAUCAUUUACUCUAUUCUCAUGUCCUUUAUGUUUGAUCCAGGGGUGAUUUGUAAGAAGAAAUUAGCCAUUUCCAAAUUACCUCUGGCCUCUUUUUCAAAACGAGGCCUGGUGCUCAACCACUUGUAUGAAAAUGAGUUUAAAUUGCAUAUGAAUUUAACUUAUUAUCAUAUGAAAGGCACCAGGACUUGCUUUGAAAAAGAAGCCAAAGAUAAUUUGGAAAUGGCCCAUUAGAUACGAGUCACUCUGAGGGAUCAAAGGGUUAAAAUGCUCCAAUGUAUUUCACAGCACUUUACAUAGGACUUUUGCUAGACUACACUGAGCCUCUGUAUGAAGAUCUUCAAAACUAGUAGCAUUACAGUGAUUUUAAAGGAGCUAAGGCAGGGCUAAAAAUUGGCGGUCGCAUGGUUGCCAGUUGCAUGGUUGCCAGUGGUGAGUUAAAACUGACAAGGGUGACCAAAAGUUAAGGUUUGAACGCCCAAUGCUACAGAAUUUCAAAAAGUUGCAAUGUAAAUUAUGCAAAGUACAAAGUUAAAAAUAAAACUCAAUAUGUAGUUUAAUUGGACUACCUUUCUCUUUGUUUCUUUGCCUGGACUCUAAGAUCAUCCGUUUUUAGCAAACUUUUUAGUUCUGAAAUAGAAAUUCUGAGCCAUUUUAACAAUGAUUUCACUAGCUUGUUCUUUUCUUUUAGUUAACACUCCAUUAAAAGCCCUGGGGCAUUUAUUGAAGUUUUUCAUUUUAAACUAGAGGAAAUCAAGGGCUGCUUCAUUUUGGGAUGGGUCACUAAGAAUUCAAGGAAACUGGCCUGACUGGCCACCAAGCACUGGAAUUAAUUUUUAGCCCUGGCUAAGGUUCCUUUUUACAUUUCAUACCCUAUUAUUGAGGCCUAUAGUUAAUAUGCACUUUAUACACAAAAAACUAUUUAGCGUAGCUCUUGAGAUCCUGGAGGACAUUCCAGAACCUGAUGUAGUGGUUGUUUGUUGUGGGGGUGGAGGUUUCCUCUCAGGGGUUGCAGCAGGCAUCAAGCUCAAAGGAAAGAAGAAGACCAGGAUUUUUGGAGUGGAGCCUGAAGGAGGUGAAUGUUUUGUGAUGAUCAAAUAUAUCUUGAUUGUGGUCUAUUUUAACAUUUUUGUGGCCUACAGAGUAAGCAUAAUUUAGAGAGCAAGUGCUCAGUAAUUUCUUGGUGAAAAUUAUAACUGCUAUCUUUGAUCUUUACAGCAAGGGGGGGAGGGACAGUCAAAAGAAAGGAGGGGGGAAGGGAUGGGGCAUUGGAAAUUCACUUUCCUUUCCCUAUCCCCUUCCCCCACCAUCCAUUCUAACUCUCCAUCAAACAUGGUUGAUUAAAUAAAUAAGCGUGAGCUUAUAACAUUAACUUACCCUAAUAAGACACCUGCUUUGCAGACUGACAUUUUUAUUUUUCAUUAUAGUUUGUUUGUUUGUGUUUUGCAGCUCCAACAAUGUAUCUGAGUAAACAGCAAGGUCAUGCUGUCAGUGUGAAAUCUGUUAACACUAUUGCUGCCGGACUAGCCCCACCCUAUGCUGGUGAGAAAGAGUUGUAAGAGGGUUGUAAAGGUGGGGGGGGGGGGGGGGGGUCUUGAUUUUGUAUGGCACAAACUUUACAAAAAUUCAUGCAUCACUUCUCCUUUACACAGCAUUUUAUGUGCCACAAAUUUAAAAGGGAAAACUUGAAAUCUCUCUUUUUGUGAAUGAGGUUUCAGGGAAAUCUUGAAGUCUUCACAAAAUGAAAGGAUGCCUCAUCUCUCUUGCUGGUUCAUAAAGUCACACAUUACCCUCCCCUUUCUGUAAAAUUCAGGUAUCACACAAAAACCCCUUGCCACCCUCUUCUAAAAUGGAAGAACUAUUGGCAGUAGUUGCAUGUUUUGGUUGUUCACAUAUGGUGGUAAUCUUAGAGAGGUCAAUAUUAUUUCAUUAAAUGAUAUAAUAUCAUUUAUUAUUAACAAUAACUAUGAACAUAUUUAUUUGAUACUUUCUGCAGGGAAGAAAACUUUUCAACAUGUGAAGGAGUAUGUUGAGGACAUUGUUCUUGUGACAGAUGAGGAAAUAAAGAGGUUGGCUAAUUUGUCUGUGUAGUGAUAACUUAUUUUUCCAUACCUGAAUUCCACCUGUAAGUUCUGAGCUGUGCAGCUCCAGGGCAUGUUUUCUUUAAUCCUUUAACUCCUAUGAGUGACCAAUGCUGACUUUCUCCUCAUGAUAUUGAUACAAUAUCAAGCAGACAAGUAAGGGGGGUUAUUGAAGGGGGUAAGUUGCCGAAGAAACUGUGGUGCUGUAUCAGUGGGAGAGUGUAACAAGGUAAUUUAGUAUAAUCAACUGAGUUGAUAAUGUUAAUUGUCCACCAUUAAGAAUAAAAAGCUGAUGUUUUGAGCAUUGGCCCUUAACCUUUUGCUCUGAUGAAGGGCUAACACUUGAAUCAUCAGCUUUAUAACUCUUUAUGGUGGCCAAUUUACAUUAUCAACUCAGUUGAUAGGACUAAAUUACUAAGGGUAUUAUUACUGGUGGUUGAUUCAAUUUAAAAUUCUCGAAACUAACUUCUUAAGAGUUGUAUAGAGGAUGGUGAGGAGCAUUACUAAUGAGAUCUUUGGAUUAAAAGGGUUAAAUUUUUCUCUUCCAGUAGGGACCAAAAGUAUUCAUUCCUUUUAGGGGACAAGAUGUGCUGACUUGUUUUGUCUGUUUUGAUCCUUUUACAGGGCAGUGAAGACUUUUUACCAAGCUGGGUUAGUUGUUGAACCAUCUGGUGCUGCAGCAUUUGCAGCUCUACAAGCAAACAAAAUUCCUGAUUUGUCAGAAGGGAGUAAUGUUGUUGCUAUAGUGACAGGAGGAAAUGUCACACCAGAAGAACUAUGUGAUUUGAUGAAUUGUAAUUAGCAAAAAUAGUUUACCUAUUGAAUCUUUGUAACUCUUUACAACCUAACAUUAGUAUGCAUAUUCUCUAUACUGUUCAUGCCUCUAACAAGCCAAACAAAAUUUUUUGAAGGGAUUGCAUUCCCGAAGUUAUGACAAUAACCUGUUACUUGAUUUUGGUUUAUCCUGACUCAUGACUCUUGCCUGAAGCCUGAAUCAGUUGUGCUUCUGUCAUGCUACAGUCAAAGCUAAUUGUGAUUGACUCAGGUACAGCAUAAGCACAGCAUCUGAACUGGGCUUUCAUCAGGAAAGUAACCUGAUAUAUUAUCAUUGUUGUUUGGGUUUGUUGGCUUCUGCUUCACUCUGUCAUUAGCAAAUAAACCAUUUGGCAACAAUUUUUUACAUUCAUGACAAACGUUAUUAUUUUAUUCAGUUUAAAAUGCUUCUGAAAUAUAUUUACAAUAGGGAAUCUGCUGUAAUCAGUUUAAUUUAAACUUGAUCAAUUAGGUGCAAUUCUCUGAAACACAAAGUGUGAUUCUAAUAGAAUAUUUAGACAAUAAGAAUGGUUGUAUUUGUCUAUAAUGUGGCCAAACCUAGACUUGCAGAAGUUCAUGUGAUAGCAUACGGUAAGCCUUCUAUUUAUAAAUUGACAAUAAGUUUUAACUAGAGGCAUAUUAGGUACAUAGUUAAUUAUGGCCUAGCAACAUUGAUAGUGUCCUUGAGGCUGGCACCUCUAAGUGAGUUGAAUAUUUGUAAAAUAUUUUGUAAAUAAGUUCAAGAGCAGAAAUAAGACACAGUGUGAUUUUAUUCUAUAGUGUGCAUUGUAGGAGAUCAAGGAUCAAUGUCAGUAUCUGAGCAACAGCACACUUAACCCUCCCCUAACCCAACAACAGUCAACUGAUAUCAAGUAAGGGUUAAUUUGGGUAGGGGGAGGGGCAAGUUUGCAGUUGCUCAGAUACUGAUAUCAAUUGCCCCUGAGUUUAACAGCUUAUAUAUAAAAUCAUCCACUAUCUGCAACUUGUUCAUACAUCCAUAGCUUUUUGAUAAUUUGAGAAGCAAUGCCAGAUGUUUACAUUGAAGUUUCAUGUUGAACCUAAUAAAAGUAAUAAUCAUUUUAGUUCCAGUAAUUUAGCCACCUUCCAAAACUUGUGAAUAUCACAUGGAAACAUAUGAAACAGUUAUUUAAGACUUUGUAAAAGUUGAUUAGGAG